UGAACCGACAUUCCUUUUGACCUGUAGUGAAAAUGCCGCCUUGAGGAAGAUAAUGCCGCCUUGAGGAAGAUAGGGCAGGGGUAAUUCACUAAUGUGGAGAUGUCACCGGUGUUUCUUGUGUAAUAUUGGUAUGGUAAAGAGAAAGAAUGGCCUCCUGUGAUAAAAUAGAGAGACUAAGAGAGAGGUUGUUGGUGUGUCCAAUAUGUAUGGAUGAAUAUAAAGAUCCGAGACUGCUGCCGUGCCACCAUACAGUGUGUUUUGAAUGUAUUGGUAAUAUAGUACGAUCUUCUUCUACUACAGGUCGAUUAUUUCGCUGUCCACAAUGUCGAACUGAUGUAUUUGUACCGAGAGAAGGAAUUGAGUCUUUCCCCAUCAGUUUUUACAUACUAAGUGUUCAAGAUGAACUCGGUGUUAAACGUUAUACCAGCUCUUGUGAUAUAUGUCAGCACGAUUGGAUGCAAUCUCAAUUUAAAUGUAUCGAUUGUGAUUUGGAUAUUUGUCGAUUCUGUAUUCACCAACAUCGUUUGUUUCACCAUGAUUCUUGUCGUCAUGGUAUUAUACGUAUCGAGAGUAUUUCAAACUCAGCCUAUCAGUCCUCUACACGAACGUGUCCCUCACAUUCGGAUGAAAUCCUACAACUGUAUUGCAGCUCUUGUGAGAAAGCAGUGUGUAUCACAUGUUCAUGUGAGGAUCACAAGACUCAUGAUACCAUGCCAAUGAGGAAAAAACUUCGACAGGCUCAGAAACAACUACAGUGUGAACUUGACAGUUUGAUCAAACAGAAACAAGAAUCUGCUACUUUGAUUGAUGAAAUUCAAACCUCUAUUGACAAAGUGAAAGAAUCAGCCAGUAAAGCUCUUGAUGGUAUUCAAGAACGACACAAACAUUUGCAAAAAAUCUUGGAAAAAAUGGUCACAGUGAAAAAAGAAACUUUGAAGAAUGAGGAAAGAAAAAAUUUACUAGAAUUAAACACAUUUCAGACUGAUCUCAAAUCUUAUUUCGAUCAACUAGAAAAUGGGGUUAACUUUUUGGAAGAACUACAAGAAGGGGACAUGUGUUUGGAACUUCUCGAUGACUUCGAAAAUUUUCAGAAAUCUUUAACAGAUGAAAGAAAACAACUAAUAAAAAAACGGUUAAAUGUAAAUCAAAUGUCAUUUACAAAUGGUGUUGAUUACCAAUUGGGUUUACUGGACUUUGUCGCUCUCAAAUUUGGAAGUUUAACCACAC